CACUUUGGGCCGAAAUGCAUCCAAAAUCCCAUGGCACGAUGCUGCCAUUCCUCUGAAUAACUUUGGGCAUAAGUGGGCAAUUUCCCCAUUUGGCCGUUGUCACUAAAAAUUAUAGGGCACCAGCGGAAAGGUCUUGGCGGCGGAGCAGGACUCGGGCAGCGGUCAUGGCUCUCUGCGGCGACCCUAGGGAAAUUCAAGGAGAAGGAUGCGCCCAUCUCCCGCGUGUUGUUUCGAGCGUCAAGCAUCUUAUCUUGAUUCUCUUUCCAAGCGCGAAUACUGAUCGGCCGUUGAUGAUUCUGAUCUCUGCCUCUACCUACACAACGGCUACGCUACGGCACCCACAGGUCUUAUUCGAGUGCGACCUCCCCUAAAAGAAGGCGCUGUCCCUGUCUCCCAGCAAGCCUGAAAUUGGCGCUCCGCCGUGGCGGGGGGCUGUCGAUCGCUGCUGUCUUGACCCGACUGGGGAGAGUAGGUAAGGUACCUAAACUGUGGACCACCCACCUCGUACUGGAACCCGACCUCCUGAACGUCUUCCACUCCUGUCAUCUCCAGCCAACCUCAGCGCAUCCGCAUCCCCAUCCCACGACGUGCAAUCCAUCCGGGCCAGACAUUGGGACGUCGAGAUCUGAGUUUGCAAAAAGACCGAGCCGGCUGCACCUCUCCUCUCCAUACCACGAGGCUGCCCUUUUUCGACUGCUCCGCCGACUCGCUGCCCAGUAAGGUCCAAGGCCCGCUGUUGCUCUCGCUCGCUCAACGUCGUCGUCGUUCAGCCUCAACCUCCCAUCGUGCGUGCCCAGCCAGCCGAUUAUUUGCUCGACACUUGUUGCCCGCACAGCCUCUGCCCAGAGCGACGCUUACCUAUCGUGUUGGUUAUCUUCAGCCCCGCCUUUACCAACGCAUACUACAUUCAGACCGACUGCCCGUAGCGAACUAUCGUCGUUUUAUUUUGGCCCAGUCGUGGCUUGAUGUCGGGCCCUCUCCUGGCUGAGCCCCCGGUUUCCUCACUCCACGACCGCGCCCGCGACCUCGACCCUCGAGUUUUGCUUUCACCACCACCACAACCCCGAUUGUUUACUUUGGAGACGAACGCACAUGGUGUAGUGUGACGAACAUCAGUGGACGGAUUCAGGAUCAGUCCACAAUGGCAGGAUACGACUAUGGUGGUGCUGGCGGCGGAGCUCCUGGUAGCCUGGGCCUAGGAGGCGGCGAUUGGGCACACGGUGAUCCUCGUGGGAACCCUCACGGCCAUCCUCACAAUGGCAGAGCCCCAAACUCACCAGCAGCUCAGGGCAGCAACGGAGAAGCAGACUUGGAGUUGAGACAAAGCGGCGAGCGCAACAGAUCGCGGCCACGGCAGGCUAGGACAGCCAGUGGCCAGGUGCGUGUCUGCAAGAAGUGUGGAGAGCCUUUGACAGGUCAAUUCGUUCGCGCUCUGGAUGGCACAUUCCAUUUGGACUGCUUCAAGUGCCGGGAUUGCGGACAAAUCGUAGCUUCCAAAUUCUUCCCAGCAGAGGACGAGAACGGCGAGGGACAAUACCCCCUUUGCGAAACGGAUUACUUCCGACGACUAGGCCUGCUGUGCCAUCAAUGCGGUGGAGCAUUACGAGGUUCCUACAUAACUGCGCUCGAUCGCAAAUACCACGUCGAUCACUUCACCUGCUCCCUUUGCCCAACAGUAUUCGGUGCUCAAGACAGCUAUUAUGAGCAUGAUGGCCAGGUUUAUUGCCAUUACCAUUACUCGACCCAGUUCGCCCAAAGAUGCAGCGGCUGUCAAACCUCGAUCCUGAAACAAUUCGUUGAAAUAUUCCGAAACGGACAAAACCAGCACUGGCAUCCUGAAUGCUACAUGAUCCACAAGUUUUGGAACGUCCGCCUCAAUUCACCACAAGAAGCGCCUGUCAUCACCCAAGAUGACACUGCGGGCCGCGAGCACGUCCGCGGCGAGGAGGAACGCAUGGAGGAGAAGGUAUACCGGAUCUGGAGCGUGCUGUCGACCUUCGAAGAAUCUUCGGCUGCUUGUAUAUCAGAUAUGCUCCUGCAUGUGAGCAAUGGCGCCUAUGUGGAUGGUGUCAUGGUGGCGAAGAAGUUCAUCUUCCAUGUCGACAUCCUUUUCCGUUCUGCAGACCGGCUCGACGCCACUAUGUCCAGCGACGUGGACCCAAAAUCUGGUUUGGCAUACGGGCGUGAGGCCAAAUUGCUUUGCAAAAAGAUCGUGGCAUUUUUCUCGCUGUUGUCCAAAACCCAAGACCGUGUUACACGCAAGCCUGGUGUCACGCAAGAGCUGUUGACGCUUGUCACCGGUCUUGCCCACUAUUUGAAGCUACUUAUCAGAAUCUGUCUGCAAGGCGCUCUUCGGAUCGAAAAAGAAAGGAACUCACCAGAUGGCCUUUACAAUUUCCUGGAUGAUCUGAGCGAUCUCGAAGUGCUCAAAUUGGACGACCAUUCUACAACCACACUCCAGUUGACUUCGGGCAUGUCCAGAUUAUCAGCACAUGAUUCGGACCAGUGCAUCCUCUGCCAUAAGCCCAUCGAAGACGAAUGUGCAAAGAGUGGAGAUAAACGGUGGCACCUGGCCUGCGUCAACUGCUCGCAUUGCGGCAAAGAGCUUGGUCGCAAGCUUCAAGAGGCCCGGUUGAAACCCUACGACACCAAGGUAUUUUGCAGUACUUGCGACCCUCAUAUUCCUGCACACCUAUCGCCGUUUGAACACAUUACCAAGCUUCAACAAUACGUCUUCCUGCUCCAGGUUGCCCUGGCUAGACUGCUGGAGAUUCUUCGAGUGAACGGCGCUCUUGACAAUGGUGACGAUCCAAACGGAGGCGAUCUUGACUCUGCUGAGGGUAGGUCCAGGCAGCAAGGGGGCGAUUAUCCACGACAUCAUCGAGAGUCGUCCUACGAGAGCGCUCUCAAUGAUGUCCGGAGACUAAAGAGCACCCGUAUGGACAAGCACUUGUCGUCCAGCUUUAGAAAGGCAAGGACAUCAAGGAUUCUGGAUGGACCUGAGAGCAGCAGCGUGCGGCCAGGGUCGGCUGGUGGCACAGGCGAGGGGGGUCAGAGUAGGGGAUUCCAUAUUGUCGACGAGCGCGGGCCUAUCGAUGAAGAGGACAUGACAUUGCCCAAUCAGGACGCCUUGACACUCGACGAUAUCCCAAGGAUUGUUGCGGCUGAGCAAGCAGCAAGGGAACAAAGGUCCUAUCAGCCAAACCAGAACCGCCAGGAGCUUUUCCGGUCUCCGGCCACGGAACCACGACUGGGUGCUGGUGGUGCUAAUAACAUGCACCAGCGAAGUCUGUCAGAUGGCAAAGGAGUCGGUUCACGCGGUCUCCCAGACCAGGGCACCAUGCGAGGCACACGACGGUAUUUCUCGGAGUUAUCAGGACUGGAGUACUUUAUCGUCAGACACUUGGCUGUCAUGACGAUGCAUCCUAUGGUUGAGAAUGAGUUUACGCUGGAGGAGCUCCUGGGGUUCAUUGAGAACAAGAAGGCUCCUACUUUCUGGAAGAACAUUGGCAAGGCGUUCAAAAAUGACAAGCAAAAGGCCGUCAAGAAGAAGGGGGUGUUUGGCGUCCCAUUGGAAGUCAUCAUUGAGCGGGACGGUUGCGAGUCGACCGAUGGUGUCGGACCUGGUACUUUGAAGAUCCCUUCCAUUAUCGACGACAUCAUCUCGGCAAUGAAGCAAAUGGACCUCUCGGUUGAAGGUGUCUUCCGAAAGAGUGGUAACCUCAAGAAGUUGGGAGAGGUGGCCGAAGCGCUGGACAGGGAAGAGGAUGUUGAUUUUAGCUCGACGCAUGUUGUUCAGCUGGCCGCCCUCUUGAAGCGAUACCUGCGAGAACUCCCAGAUCCUUUGAUGACGCAGAAACUCUACCGUCUUUGGUUAACAGCGGCCAAGAUCCCAGAUCCAGAAAAGAGGAAGCACUGCCUGCACUUGGCAUGCUGCUUGCUUCCAAAAGCAAACCGCGACUGCUUGGAAGUUUUGUUUUGUUUCUUGAAAUGGGUGGGAUCUUUCCACCAGGUGGACGAUGAAUCCGGAUCCAAAAUGGACAUCAGGAAUCUGGCCACCGUCAUUGCCCCCAACGUUUUGUUGGAUGCCAACAAGGCUGCAAGCCUUGACAGCGACCCCAUGUUUGCCAUUCAGGCCGUGGAGGUUAUAAUUGCUAGUAUUGAGGAGAUGUGUCUGGUCCCUGAUGACCUGGCCGAUCUCCUGCAAGAUCAAUCAUUAUUCAACAACAGUGCCGAAUUGACAACCAAGGAAAUUCUGAAGCGUUUCGGCGACCGUGCAGCCAACGGCCCAAUCCGACAGUAUAGUGACGUAGGAGAGCUGAUGGGCCGCCACGACAACAACCCCAGCCGCCCACCGCCGAGGAGAAUAGAAACCGACCCGGCAUCAUGGCAGCAGGAAAGCAGCGUGCGACCAAUGCAGGAGCCAACGAUACCAGCCUUUGCGGCAGCGGCAACACCACCUGUUCAGGGCACGCCACCACCACACAAACGUGGACCGUAUGACCCGCCCCAACAGUCACCAUACAGAGGACCGGAGGCCGGGAACCAAGGGCAUUUGACACCAUCACAGCCGCCACAACAACAGCCGCAGCACAACCAGCCUCAGCCAGGACCACCAGGACAGGGAAACAGAGGGGAGUGGAGGAACUCGGGGUGGGGGAGACAGAAUAACGGGUUGACUACCGGGACUGCGUAGGAAGCAGUGGCGGAACAGUUGCCUCCUUCUCCGCCGUCUGGGUAUAUGAGACCGGAGUUAUGAUACCUACCUCCCCUCUGGGUACAGAAACAAAAAGUCGAAAAGGAGGGUUGUUGUGGUCACUACUGGUUUGAAGAUGUUGCAAGCAUAGUUGCAGGCGUUUUUUUUUUCCUUUCUUUUGUGCAGUGGGUUUCCAUUUGUUUGUUUGUUUGUUGGGAGUAAGGAUGGAGGUGGUAGGAGGGUUCAAGUUCAAUCUUUCUCUGGGGAAGAGCGCUUGUUGUUACUUGGCACACGGCGGACAAACAAAGGGGGAGCAUGCCACUCUUGUUCUUUUUCUACUCUUUAUGUCUGAUAUUUCUUGAAUUGUCGGGUGUUUCGAAUUCAAAAACGCAAAGGAAGCAGAGAAGGGACAUAGGGAAGGAAGGGAAAGGGGUUUUUGUUAUUUAGUGUGUUGUGUGAAAGAAAGACAGAAUUGAUGGAUGGGUUUGACUUGGAAUGGAUUGGGAGAGUGGGAGUGAAAACACUGAAAUCCUGGGUGGUGGUGGUGACUGUUUGUAUGUGACUGUGUCUGUGUCAGGGGAAAGAGAGAGAGAGAGAACAAAGCAAG